UUUUAAAGACCGCCCGGGCGCCCUGCCUGAGGAAAUCACAAGCGCGGAGCUGUAGCUCCGCUCGCAGUUGAGGAGCGCGUUGCUUAGCAUCCGCUAGGCCGUUGGUCACCGCCGCUCCCGCCACCAUGUUUCAGGGACCCGAGACCGACUCGGCGAAACCCAGCUCGAGGGUCCUGCAACCUCCUGGAGGAAGCUCCAGCAAUCUCUUUGGAAGCCCAGAAGAAGUCAACUCCUCUUUCAGGCCGCACAGAAUGACAUCUAACAUAUUUGGAGGAGCUGAAGAAACUCCGAACGUUUCAAAGAGAACAAACCCUCCAGGUGGGAAGGACAGUGGAAUAUUUGAGGACCAUAAACCUAAUCCUUCUCGUCAUCUUACAAAUCCACCUGGUGGAAAAACAAGCAAUAUUUUUGGGUCUCCACAGCCUGUCGACAUUGUCAAAGCUCACCCAAACAAACCCAAGGAUCAUGCUGUUAUCCUGAAUGACAGAGGGGAUGUGCCACAAGAACUAAAACCAAAAGAAGACCAAAGACCACAGGUGGAAGAUACAAGUGAAAAGAGAGAGCCACAGAAGAAGGAGAGCACCAAAGAGCCUGGACCCAAAAUGGAUGAUCAUGAGCCCAGGCUGGGGCCACGGCCACGAUCACACAACAAAGUCCUCAACCCUCCAGGGGGCAAAUCCAGCAUUGCCUUCUAUUAAGGAAAGUGUUCUCUUCCCUUCCCCCUCCCCACAAUGGAGUCAGCACAGAAACAGUUUUCAAGGUUUGAACCAGAAGUUUAGCCUCCUGCUGCUUGAAGAAAGAGCCACUUAGUGGUUUGGCAUAUUCAGUAUGUGGCAGAAGUUAGCUUGAGCUUUUCUGGCUUUUAAAGUUGCAGUACAGACUUCUGAGAGUACCCUGAGCUCAUGCACUUCCAAGGUAGAAUAUUGCUUUCUUGAUGCACAGAUUAGGUAAUAUAGCCCUGAGGGGAUUUUAUUUGUGCUAGAUAAGGAGGAAGCCUGGUCUAAACUCUGACUAAAGAUCUUCCUGAACUGUGGACUAGAACUGCCCUUUGUCAUCUUGUAAGGAAGAACCUUACUAAGCAAGCAGAUCCUCUUCUGGAGAGUAAUUGUAGUCAAAAUGUAUUGUGCAAGAAUUCAUUUUUUGAACUCUUGAAAGUCUUCAACCUUUUUGCUAGUUAAGGAAGGUGCAAGUUGAAUGACAAUAUAUUUGCAGUUGUGGAUGGCACGGAAUGAUCUGAAAAUUCAGCCAAACCACUCUUGUCUAUAAUCAGACCUUGAAUCUUGUCCAAUGAGAUGGUUAAGAAUGUAGUGUUCUACCCCAUAAUGAGCCUCCAAUAGAAGCUGUUUGUACUCAAGGUUCUUUCUGCCCUAUAAGUGUCUAGUCUUUAUCUAAUUCUGUGCUGACUCUGUUAGACUAUUUGCCUUCCCUCCUUAUUGACCACUUCGUCCUAUAAUUUGGAUAGUUUUCAGCUCCUCUUCCCCAGAGACAGCACCUUUAACUAUGCUGAGUGAGGCUGCAGCUGCUGUGCUGCCCACCCUAUUCUUCUAGUUCUCCCCACCUUGCCCACCACCAGUACUUAAGAAUUAAAAGUCCUGAUUGUAGCAGGCAGAGGAGAACCUGGAGAAAGGCUGCAGAGGCUGGAGCCCUGGUUAUUGCAGUUAAAAGUAUAAAUAACAUAUUGGUGACCCCAUCUGGAAGCACGGACUAUCCCACCUGGUUACUUCUUUGCAUUGUAGCUGCCUUGAGACUUCUGUUUGUCUCUUUCACUCACUCCAUCCAAUUGGAGAUGGUUCCUGGAUUUUUGCAAUACAAUACUCCUGGUGCACAGACUUCAGAUUUUUUUGCAAUAACUUUGUAUUGUUUUCUGGAAUUUCAUUAUGUGGGUUUAGGGGGUGGGAGGGGCUCUUAAACUUCAUGUAUUUAGAUUCCUGACCAGCUGUACUUUAAGACUUGUUCUUUUUUUAAAACAUCAAGUGCAGUGGCUUGCCUUUAGAACUCCCAUUAUAUAUAGAAGUUCAUCAGGCUUGCCAAAGAACUAGUGGCCUUUCUUGCAAAAUGGCUCUAGGUACCAGCAGAAAACAUUUUGCAAAUGGGUUCUGAGAAACAAGCUCUGUGCCAGAUAUUAAAAGUAGCUUGGAGUUCUGUCCAAGUUAUUGUUUUGUCUAAAAAGUCACCUCAAUUGAGGAAGAAAAAUUCUUCAUUGCCAUUCUUCAAAAAUGUGUAGCACCUCAAAAGAAAAAGGGGGAAACCCCACAGUAGAACAGGGAAUUAGAAGAGUUUGGUGUGGGGUGGAUGUUGAGCUUUGUGGUGGAUUCGUUCUAAAAAGGUGCAACAUGGGAAGAAUUGGCUCAAACUUGCUUCUCUGGCACUAUUUGCAUUGUGUUAUGGACUUCCUCUUGUCUAAAGCUUCAAGCUUUACUUGGGCCUGAAGUAUUAAAAGGUGCAUUUUCACCAGUGCCUCUGUUUUGGAUAGCAGUUUUCCAGCAAAGCCUUAAAUUAUUACUGAUUUAAUUAUACCUGUGCCAUUAUUUUUCUCAAGGGGUGCCUGGGGAGUACACUACGUAUCCAGAAAGGAUGCUUUUAUUAUUAAAAAAAGGUGGGGUUAAUGAAAAUUCAGAAUGUGUUGAAUCAUGUACUACUCAAUAAACAGCUGCAUUUUGUCACUUCA